CUCGUCCGCCCCCAAAUCGACGACGGGCACCAGAUGCGGCCGCCGUCGCCGCCGCGGCCGCUGGCCUUCCCAACGCUGGACUCGCUCGCGGCGUACCUCCGGCCGCGCCUCCCGGGCCCGGCGCUCGCCUCCUGGGGAUCCGCGCCGGGGACCAAGAACCUGCUCAACCUCUUCCUGGAGCUCUCCUGCGGCGACUGCACGCUGCUGCCCGCGGCCUCCUCCCCGCCGGCCCUCGUCGUGCGCGCCGUCCACGUCGCCACCGUGCGCAUCCGCAACCGCCGGGGCGCGCUCCUCGUGGAGACCCGCCAGCUGCUCUCCGAUGGCACGCUCCGCCGCCGGGCCGCGCGGCCGCUCUCCGAGAAGAUGCGCCCCGGGGAGACGCCGGAGGCCGCCGCGGCCCGCGCCGUCGUCGAGGAGCUCGGCGAGCGCGCCCGCGUCCGGAUCCUGGGGGCGGCCCCGGAGCCGCGCGUGGAGGAGCGGGAGUCCGUCUCGUACCCGGGGCUCCCCGCCAGGUACGUGCUGCACGCGGUGGACGCGGAGCUCGUGGAGGGCGUCCCGGAGGAGGGCGAGUUCGACACGGAGGAGGCCGGCGAGGGCGAGGGCCACGACGGCGGCGGCGCGGCCAUCACCGUGAAGCGGCACUACUGGUCAUGGGUCGACGACGAGGAGGCCCGCGGCGAGGCCGCCCCGGCCGCGUCGCCGGUGCGCAGUAGGAACUAAUAUGUGCUGUUAUCAUGUUGUGUUUGGUUAAUUUAUUUUUAUCACUUCAUCGGCUUGCGAUAUCAUGUAAUACUCCAGUAUGUUUCUUGCGCUCUGCUCUGCAGUGUUCAUAGUACCACGGAUCUCUUUGCAACCCCACAGUUAGUCACUCUCUGUCUCUGCACCGCAGGGAUGUCGAAGUGUUUCUUCCGCACUCAGGUCUGUUUGUUUGAGCUUCGAGACCAGAUUCAGCUUUGCCAGUGAACCUGAAUCUGAAAGUUGAAACAAACAGUUGUAUAUCAAAUCAGCAUUACCAGUGAAGCUGAAUUUGUUAGCA